GCUAGCUAGCUAGCUAUGACAUGCAGGUGGAACCCGGAUUUUGCUUUGCUUUUACAGUGGGGUAAAGCUAAAGUUGAAGCAAAACAGGGCCCUCACGUCAAUUAUCCUUUUUACCAAAUUAAUGUUUUAUACAAGUGCUACUCGUGCAUGAGUAGUUCCUGCAAUCCUACAUUCAUUUCUCUUUUCUAUAUAACCCACUCUCACGUAACUCCCUCUCCACAUCAAUUUUAAAUUCUGAGUAACAGUCAUACAACCUUAAUGGAAAACAAACAAGUGAAGAAACAGCCUAAAAGAGGUUUGUGGAAACCAGAGGAGGACUUGCUUCUCAAAAAUUAUGUUGAGACUCAUGGUGAGGGCAAUUGGGCAGCUGUGUCUGAGAAAUCAGGAUUGAUGAGAGGAGGGAAGAGUUGCAGACUAAGAUGGAAGAAUUACUUGAGGCCAAACAUAAAACAUGGUGGGAUGUCGAAAGAGGAAGAAGACCUCAUCAUCAGAAUGCAUAAACUAAUUGGUAACAGGUUUGUACUUGGAUCUGUUUAUGAAGCACUAGAUUUUAUCAUGGACAUGGAGUUCAUUUUUCAUUAUAUUUUUUGUAAUAGAUGGUCCCUGAUAGCGGGUCGACUUCCUGGUAGAACGGACAAUGAAGUGAAGAACUACUGGAAUACGCAUUUGAACAAGAAAUGCCGUCCCGGCAAAAGAAAAGGCAUUGAGUUGGGCAGCCAUCAGAGUGAGAGUGGCGACAAUAACAAUAACAACAUCAAGAGGAAGAAACAGCCUCAACUGUGUGACUCUCAGCCCAAAGCUGUUGGCCAAAGAGUACCGAAAGAAAAAAGUAAUAAUAUGACCGAGGACACAACCAUAGGAAGCCUCAACUGCGAGACAGAACUAUGUGGGGUGAUACCUUCCAAUAAUGGAACUUUUGUCUUUGAUGAAGAGCCUUUCAUUACCUACUUGGAUUCCCUUAUUCUGUUUGAGUGCAUCGGUACUGAUGACACAUUCCCACAUUCACAUAUAGGAAUGGGGAUGCAAUAAUAAUUGAGUGAUAUUACCUUAUUAAAUUUCCUAUAUAUUUAUAAUAAAUAUUAAUUUAAAUAUCAAUAAUGAUAUAUUAUUAUAUAAUUGAAUAUUAUUUUAUCUUUAAUAUAAAAUUAUUCAAUUAUAUAAUAACAUAUUAUUAUUGAUAUCUAAAUUGUAACUCAUAUCAUGGACCUCCUUUUCAGAUUUCCUAGGGUUCAAGCAGUAGUUGUGGCUUUUCUACAUCACGGACGACACAGCUGAGGUUGAACUAUGAUAUAUUAUUGUUAAUCACAUCUAUUGUGAAGAAGGGGAGCUCAUCCCACACCGACUAGUGACUAGACUUGUCAAUCAAUUUCUCUCUUUCUCUCUC